AUUGAGUAUUGCGAAAAGACGCUACUGUUUUUUAAACACUCAAAAUGCCAAAAUACAAGAAAAUUGUGCGAAAAGGACGUGCAAAGAUGAUUGAAGCUCGCCGGGCUAAAAGAAAUAGACAAAAUAGUGACGAAACGCCAACCACUUCUAAACAUGCUCAACAAAAUUACUUUGAUAUCAGGUUAAAAGAUAACCAAAGUGAUGAACAACCACCAAUAAUGGAUAUUUCUAAUAUACAACCUAUGGAAAUAAGCAAUAAUGAUUUACGAGAGGACUUUGCAGGAGACUUCACGAAACUGAAAUCACUGAAGAAACCAAUAAAAACAUUGAAGAGUUUCAAAUUUCGUAUGAAAUGGAAGCAGAAACUAACGAAAAAAUAAUACACAGAAGAAUUAUUGAUGUCAGCCACUUCCUUUCCGAAUUAAAACGUAUUUCAAACCAUGGACCACUUGGAUGCAGCUUCACAGAACUUGACCUCAUAUCUGAAACCCUAAUUGGUCUACAGUCAAAAUUUACAUUUAAAUGUCGGUUUUGCAAUCUAAAGUUUGUCAUAAAUGGAGACAAUUGCAGUGAAAACUACCUAAAUAUUAAUACGUGCGCUGUCGCAGGUACUAUUGCAGUAGGUGCGGGGCAUUCACAGCUGGAUGAACUUAUGUCAGCAAUCAAUCUCCCGUUGUUAUCUGAAAAGACGUAUUCAGAGAACCAUGAACUUAUUAGUAGGAAAUGGGAAGAUGUUUUAUUAGAAUCUAUGAGUCAGGCUGCAAAAAGAGAAAAGCAAUUCGCAAUUUCUAACGGCAGGGUGAACAAAGAUGGAAUUCCCAUAAUAGAUGUCAUUGCUGAUGGUUG